CUUGAGUCUUCACUAAUUCAAAUUUACUCCUCUCCAAAGUUCUCUCACUCAUCCCUUACCGAAAAUGGAAAAAAGGCUUCGUUCAUCUCUGCAUACCUCUGCAGAUUUAUUCCUAGAAUCCGCCAUUAAACUUUCUCUAAAAUCUGCAAAAACUUCUCUCAAAACCCUAAUUCACACCAUUAAACCUUCUUCUGAAAUCUCUACUUCUCUUCCACUUGCUCUUCACUCCUCCAUUUCUCGUUCCAUCACUAUUUUCAAAAAUCCUUCAAACCCUAGAACGCCACCUUCACCCCCUUCUAAAAAACCUCGAAGAUCUUCUCCUAGUUCACAAACCCCCGUCGUAGGUAAUUCUCAACAAACAACCCACCUUCACGAUCUUCAAAUCUAUGCUUACAUUGCCUUAGUUUGUAUUAAUUCACCCAAAAAAGCUUUCUUUCCUGACGAUUUAUUCCCGUCUGUUAGAGAAUUGCAUGACAAUUUGAUCCUUUUCGAGUCCGAUAACAUCCUUUUAUCUGAAAUUUCGAAUUUGUGUGAGCUUUGGUGGAAAGACGAGCUUGUUGGGAGAGAAUUAUUAAUUUCUCAGUUUUUGCCAUUUCUUGUUUCAAGGUCGUUAACAUUGCGGAAAAAGGUUGAUAUUCAUAGGGUUUACAUUUUAAGGGAAGCUUUUUUGUUGUUUGAUUUCGAGGAUGAGAGUAUAGAGGAUCUGAAAUUGUUGUUACUUCGAUGUGUCAUUACGCCUUUAUACUUGAAAACCGAGGACGGAAUGCGGUUCAUUGCCUUUUUGUUUGGUUUGAGUCAUCAGCUAUUAAAAGAGGUAUUGGAAAUUAUUAAAUCCCAAAUUCCUUUUGGGAGGAAGUCCAUGUUGGAAGCUUAUGGGGAGAUUUUGUUUAGGGGGUGGAAAAGUGUAAAUGGUGAUCUUAGGAAAGAAAUUGAAGAUGGGUUUUUGCAAGGGUUGAUUGAAGGUGCAACUUUUGCUAGUUCUAGAUCAUUUGCAGCUUCUAUUAGGAGGGUCUUGGGAGGUUUUAUUAAUCAGAGGACUACUGAGGGUGUGGAGAAGAUCCUUUUUGGCUUCGCUGAACCGGUCAUUUUCCGGUAUCUGCAGGUUGCAAAUUCAAAUGUUCGACAAAAUGCACUUCACUUACUCUUGGACAUGUUCCCCCUUGAAGAUCCAGAUUCUACAAAAGACGCCAAGGACUCAUUGCUUGAAAAACAAAUUUUCUUGCUGGAAAAAUCACUUAAAGAUGAUUGUCCAGAUGUGAGGGUAGUCGCGGUAGAAGGUUGUUGCCGUAUCCUUCGUUUGUUUUGGGAAAUCAUUCCUUCUUCAACUAUCACAAAAUUAAUAACUAUAAUUUUUGAUGAUACGUCUCAUGACAUAUCCAAUGAAGUUAGAUUAUCCACACUGAAUGGCGUGAUGUAUAUCAUGGGAAAUCCUCAAGCUCACGAAAUUAUGAAAGUUGUUUUGCCAAGAUUGCGGAACAUGAUUAAGGAUUCACUUCUCUCUGUACGAAUUGCUAUGGCUGAUCUCCUCCUACUCAUUAUGGACGUUCGAGGGUUCCAGUUUAAUAAGGUGGUAGACUUAGAUGUUUUACUUGCUACUCUUGCAAAUGAUCAACCACCUGUUGCUCAAAGGAUUGUGCGACUUCUCUUACCAUCAUACUUUCCGACAAAAGUGAAUGUUGCAGAAGCAUGUAUGCGCAUAAUUACUUUAAUAAAAAGGUCUCCAAUUGCUGGUGCUAGGUUUUGUGAGUUUAUUGCACAAGAAGGUGCAUCUUCAAAGUCUCUUAUGGAACUUGCUAGAGUUCUUAUUAACAUACUUUUCUCAUCUGAUAAACUUGAUGAUGACCAUAUGAAGGGAUUUUUUGCUGCUUUAAGUCACCUAUGCAGGAACCUAGUAACCAAGUCAUCUUGUAGAGAAGCCCUUAAGGAACUAUUUUCAGGUGAAAAACUAAAGGGUUUGUUGGCUGCUGCCAUUCGUGGGAAUGAUCAUUCCUCUUUGUUUGAAAUUGUUUCUUUCGUUUCUUCUACUGGAGCAACUGAACUACUUGAAGAAUGUUUAGCUGUAGUCUCAAAUUGUCGUGGUUUGUCUGAAAAUGAGCAAAAGCAAGCUGAAGUACGUUCUGCACAUAAGUUGGUUGUGUCUUGCAAUUGGUUUGAUCAUAUGCUAGAGGCUCUAUCAAGGCUCCUACAUGAUACUGCUAUCAAGUGUAAUGACUGCUUCGGUAUUGAAAUACCCAGGGAGAUAACACCAUCUGCGAAGAGGAAGAAAAGCAGACUCACUAGAGAAUCAGGAAAAAGAAAAUGUGUCGAUGGAAAAGGACUAUUAGCAUUUAAAAACAGUUACCAAAUUUCUGUAGGAAUUGCAUGGCAAAUAAAAGAUCUUUUAGCAUCGGAUGUCAGCCGGAAAGCUAUGUUUGAAUCCAAGCACUUACAAGUAAUGGUUGCUGCUUUGAAGGUCAUAUCUGAAAUAAGCAUUGAUCAUAGCAUGUGUUCUAACUUGAUGGAUGCAUCCGUAGUUGAUGCGUUCAUGGCGCUUUCCCUGCACAUGACCCUUCAGAAUAUGAAUAUUAAAGACAUUCUUAACCAUCGUAAUGGGGGGAAUAUUGUUCAAGGAAUGGCAGAGGAGCAAACACUUGUGGACGAGACAUUGGAUCUUCUGCUCAACUGUACAGAGAAAGUUUUUAAAGCUGGAGGUUUGGCAAAAUUUGAAUCAAUGUCAUCAGGAUGUAAGUUUUGCGAUAACAUGGCUGUCCAGUUUCACAGGCAAAAGCAUGUGAACUCACACAGAGAUGCUGCUUCUGAUGAUGAUGAUGGAUCUCCCUUUUCAUACCGAAGAAGAAUUAUGAAUUCCGUGAAGAAUUGUACUGUGCUUCUGAAGUUCAUUGUUGACGUUGCAGCAAUAGGCCUUAUUUGCAAUAGACCAAGGGCAUUAAAUUUUACAUCUGCCUUUUUGCAGAACAUGAUUUCCAUCUUGAAAAGGUGUUUUCACGAUGAGUUAAAGUUCCUGAAUGAACAACUGAAAGAACUUCAUUUGUGCUUAAAGAGUUCUUUCACUUACGCGGCCAAGUUGCUUAAUUUAGUUCUCACAAAAGCCAAUGAAGGUUCUCCUGCUCCCCAAGAAGCUUAUGCAGUAGCCAAUCAUCUGCUUGAUCUUGUCGUCUCAAUUGAGUUAUACUUAGGUUCUGGUUAUGCAACACGCAUGGUCACCAUAGCAAAGCAAUGGUUGCCAGAUGUGAUUCUGGGACUCGGUUCUAACUGCAUCUCAAAACCGUCAUUUGAAGAAAGUAUCUCUUUCUACUUGUCUAGUGAUGGUGAAAUGCAUAUUCAUCCGUGGCUUUCAAUUUUAGCGAGCAUCGAGCAUUAUGAAAUGAAACACUUUGGAUCAGAUGGCGAGGAGGAUGAUAAAGCUGUAGUGCACGAGAAAUUCCCAGCAUUUAGCAAGCUAAUAGGAAUGAUGUUUCAGCUAUUUUGUAUUAAUCAUGAGGUAUUAGACAUUGUUGGGCUAAUGUUUCUCAUUGGCGCUUCGACUGGUUUGCAGAAGAAGGACUUUGGCCUUGUCUCGGGACUUCUACACUGUCUUUGUACAAAGUUGUUGAAUCAGGAGAACAUACUGUUGGACGACCUUGAUAUGUCUGUGACUUAUUUACAAGAGCUUUACGCACAAGUUGAACGCUGCAUUGAGGAAGCAGAAAGCGAUGAAGCAUUGCAAGAACUUCUCGGUAUCAAAGCGUUGCUUGAUCCGGUCUGGGAUUAUUCAAAUCAGGCCGCAUCCAUGUUGUGAUACAAUAUCUGGUCUGUCCUGUGCACACUGCAAGGCUCUUUUUCAUAUAUUUCGUCAUAAGAUUGAACAAAUUCUCCGUAACUUCAAAUUUGUAAAUACCAGCCUUAAUGUGAAGCAUUUCGUAGCUAAUCUGUAAGCAUGUAAAUUUGCGGGACCAACACCCUCCGUAACUCUAUCUCAAGGAUUCGACGAGUCUUUGUUUCAACGU